AUGGCAGCCGCAGUACAGAACCCCCCAGGUCGCACCGACUGGGCCGACGACGACGACUCACCCGAUCUCGCCACCGCCCUCCCCGCACCCCAAAUCACCAAAAAUAAGGAUGGCACCGAAACCGUCGUCACCAUCUUCUACAACGAAGAAGGCAAAAAAGUCAAGCGCACCCAACGCAUCCGCCGCACCGUCGUGAAAAAGAAGGAGAACCCGCGCGUCGCCGAGCGACGACAAUGGGCCAAGAUCGGUCCCGAGGCCGGCAAGCCCCCAGGCCCUCGACCGGACACCACCACGCUCGGCGAGAACAUCAUCUUCCGCCCCCAGGCGGGGUUCAAGGCGGGCGGACAGCAGGAGGUCAACCCGCAGGAGGACAAGAAGGCGGAGGCGCUCAAGAAGAUGCAGAUCAAGUGUCGUAUCUGCAGUGGAGACCAUUUCACGACUAAGUGUCCCUUCAAGGAUACCAUGGCGCCGGAGGGCGAUGCGGCGCCCGUGGAUAUGGAUGCUGUGGCGGGCGAUGGCGGUGCCGGCGGUGGUGGUGGGCCGGGAGGCAGUUAUGUGCCGCCGCAUCUGCGCAAGGGCGGCGCGGGGACUGGGGAGAGGAUGGGUGGAAAGUAUGAGCGGGAUGAUCUUGCUACGCUGCGUGUCACGAACGUCUCCGAAAUGGCCGACGAAGGCGAACUGCGCGACGCCUUCGAGCGCUUCGGCCGCGUCACUCGUGUCUUCCUUGCCAAAGACCGCGAGACGGGCAGAGCCAAGGGCUUCGCGUUCGUGUCAUAUGCCGAUCGCGGCGAUGCGGCGCGGGCGUGCGAGAAGAUGGAUGGUUACGGUUACCAUCACUUGAUUCUGCGUGUGGAGUUUGCGAAGAAGAGCACUUAG